AUGGCCUCAACUUCAAGCAAUAUCAUACAUCAUCCUCUUCCCAAACUGAAUGGGAAGAAUUACCACCAUUGGAGCAUCCAAAUGAGGGUGUUGUCCGAAUCUCAGGAUUCAUGGGAUAUCAUCAACCAAGGUAUUGAUGAUCUUAUAGAAAUAAACAACUUUACAGAAGAACAAGAAGGAGAAAUCAGAGAGUUAAAGAAGAAAGACAAGAAAGCACUAUAUGUGAUUUAUCAAGCAGUAGAUGAAGCAGUCUUCGAGAGAAUUUCUACUUCAGAAACAUCAAAAGAAGCGUGGGACAUGUUGCAUAGAACCUACAAAGGGGAAGAAAAGGUUAAAACAAUAAGAAUUCAAACUCUCAGAUGUGAGUUUGAUGGUUUAAAAAUGAAAGAAUUUGAAAUUGUCGAAGAUUUCUACAACAGAACCAUAUUGGUAUUGAAUCAACUACAUUUUAAUGGGGAGAUUAUAGUAGACAGAAGAGUAGUGGAAAAGAUUUUGAGAAGCCUAACGAAGAAGUUUGAGUAUGUACUAGUGGUUAUAGAAGAAUCAAAGUACAUUUCGGUUAUGUCCCUUGAAAGACUUCUUGGAAUCUUGCAAUCCCACGAAUUGAGAAUGAAACAAUUUGACAACCCAUAUGAACAAGCCUUUCAAUUGCAGUCCCCAAAUCCUCAAGAAAGAAACAUAAUCCAAUUAAGGGAACCACAGAUAGAUUUCAAAGGCAGAGGAAAAAGGAUUGCAAAAGAAAGAGAGAACAAUUUCAUCAAUAUUGAAGACAAUGAAGACACAAUGUUUAUGAUCUUAAGCACAUUGGAAUUACCUACUGAUGACACCUGGUAUAUGGACAGUGGGUGCAGCAAUCACAUGACUGGGAAUAAGGAUUUCUUCACUCAAUUAGACAAAACACAUAAGAAGGAGGUUAAAACAGAAGAUGACAAGAGGGAUGUGAUGUUUGAAGAAGGGAAAGGAUGGAAUGAUCCAUCAAGUCAAGAAGACAACACCACACAUAUAUUGGAAGAGGAUCAAGUCCAGAAGGAUGAAGAUUCUGAACAGAUUGAUCAUAAUGUCAACAGUCAUGAUACUCCUAACAUAUCUCAAAACACAGACAACACAGAAUCUCUUGAAUCCUCCACUGAAAGUUCUCCUAAAAGAGGAUACAAGAGCCUGAGGGACAUCUACAAUGAUCCAAGAAGCUUGGAUUUCAAUAAUACUGCAGAUUUUGUAUUGUUUUAA